GAGGGACUAGACAAAAACUCCCCGGGAGAGCAAAACCCGCGGAGAAAAGAAAAUGCUUUCCCGCGCUAGUGCGUAGGAGCCACGCCCCGGCGCAGCCAAGCUCUUCCGGCGCGACGCGAGCUCCGCGGAGUCCAAUGGGAGCGUGACGCUGGCGCCGCGCAGGCGCGGUGCAGACUCUCCCGGAAGUCCGUGUCUCGGUGCUGAGCGCGAACUUGAGAAGAUGAAUCCUUUAACUAAAGUGAAGCUGAUCAACGAGCUGAAUGAGCGUGAGGUCCAGCUUGGGGUGGCAGAUAAGGUGUCCUGGCACUCCGAGUACAAGGACAGCGCCUGGAUCUUCCUGGGAGGGCUUCCUUAUGAACUGACUGAAGGGGACAUCAUCUGUGUGUUCUCGCAAUAUGGGGAGAUUGUUAACAUUAAUCUGGUGCGGGACAAGAAGACUGGGAAAUCCAAAGGAUUCUGUUUCCUUUGCUAUGAAGACCAGAGGAGCACAAUUCUGGCUGUUGACAAUUUUAAUGGGAUCAAGAUCAAAGGACGAACUAUCCGAGUGGAUCAUGUGUCUAACUAUCGAGCUCCUAAGGACUCAGAAGAAACAGAUGAUGUGACCAAAGAACUCCAGGAGAAGGGCUGUGGCGCUCGCACCCCCUCAGUGAGUUCAGCUGAGGGUUCUGAAGAUGACAAACCCACAAAAAAACACAAAAAAGACAAAAAGGAAAAAAAGAGAAGAAAGAAAGACAAAGAGAAGACUGACCGGGAGGUGCAGGCAGAGCAGCCGCCCUCCUCUUCACCACCCAGAAACACGCUGGUAGAGGAUGACCCUGACUCUACAAAGCACAGCAGCACGAACUCAGAGAAGGGCCACAAGUCAGAGCUCAGGGAGCUGCGGAAGCACCAGCCCAGCUCUCCCGAGGUCAGGGCGACCUGCCGCGGUGGCGCAGAGGACCGAGAGAGGGAGCUGAAGAAAGAGAAGGUGAAGCAUGAACAGAAGUCCUCAAUCAGGAGGGAAGAGCGAGAGGAAAAGAGCAGAGAUGGAGACAGAGGUCGAAGCUCAGACACAUAUUCCACAUGGCCCAGUGGGCGUUCUGAGGGGCGGAGUCAGAGAAGUAGAAGUAGGAGCCGAGAGAGGUCGAGCAGGCACAAGAGGGCCCGGCACUCCCGGGACCGGGAGUGCUCUAACCCCAGUGACCGCAGGCACCACUGAAGCCGCGGCCUGUCCCGCUGCCCGACAGAACUGGAAAUGAACGUGCGGUUUUAAGUGCGGUCAUAUUCAGUUAGGCUUUUACUGUUACUGGACGUAAACUCUCCGAGGCUGAAUUCUUCCAAUCCCUUGAGUACUAGAGUCACUGAGAGCUGUAGUUUUAACAGCCACAGAGCCGGGAGUUUUGAGUAAAUUUCUUGUUCCUGGGAAUUGGCUCAGUACUUACCAGACGAGGUAUCCUAGAUUGGGUUUCAUAAAUGUGUCCCUUGAAUUUACGAGCCCUGUUCAUGAUGAAAUUGCUAGGAAAGGGGGAAAUACCAAGCAGUUCUAGAAUUCUAGUCUUUGUGCUACAGGUGUGGGUGACCUUUCCAUGGGCAGGUACAGCCAUAGCAUAGAGAAGGGGGGUUUGACUAGGUCUGGACAACUUGAUAUGAAUGCAGUAGUGAUUCUUAACACCAGGCCACUCCCUCUGCACCCCACCCUCCUUUAAAAAAUUUUUUUAAAAUGUCUCUCUUUUUUUAACAUCCAUGCACCUCCUUGCUAUUUAUUUAUUUAUUUAAUUUUGUCAAGGUGAAAUUCACAUAACAUCAAAUUAACCGUUAUAAAGGGAACAAUUCAGUGGCAUUUAGUACAUUCAUGGUGCACCAAACCGCCACCCCUGUGUCGUUCUAAAACCUUUCCACCACCCCAGAAUGAAACCCUGUGCCCAUGAAGCAGUAACUCUCCAUUCUCUCCUCCUCACCCCUGUCGACUACCAAUCUGCUUUCUGUUUCUGUGGAACUACCUAUUUUGGACAUUUUUAUUUAAGUGGAAUCAUACAACUUAUGGGCUUUUGUGUCUGGGGUCACUUGUGUGUUUUUGAGGUUCAUCCAUGUUGUAGUAUGGGUCAGUACUUUGUUCCUUUUUAUUUUUUUAAAGAUUAAAAAAAAUUAUUUGUGAGAGAGAGCACAAGUAGGGGGAGUGGUAGGCAGAGGGAGAGGGAGAAGCAGGCUUCACGCUGAGCAAGAAUCGAUCCCAUGAUCCUGGGAUCAUGACCUGAGCUGAAGACAGACGCCUAAUCAACUGAGCCACCCAGAUGUCCCAAUACUUUGUUCCUUUUUAUGUCUGAAUAAUAUCCCACUGUAUGGAUAGACCGCAUUUUGUUUAUCCAUUCCUCAGUGGAUGGUCAUUUGGGUUUGUUUAUGCCUUUUGGCUUGCCAGCUCCUUUUCCACGUUUGUGACAUACCAGCCCACCUAUGGGCCAAGUUUCCUUUUCAAGUAGCCGUCAUUGCUGAGAUAGGAAUGUUUUGUCAGCUUAUUGCAUAUCUCUCUGGUCUCCUUGGCAGUUUUUUUUCUCAUCUGGAGAGUCUUGUCCUUUUAUUUUAUCAAUCAGUCCCUUAGGAGUUAGGUAGGAAUUCGUUCACAGGACCUUGGCACCACUGCUGAAUCACUAAAAUGGAGCUUCUGACCCUUCAGAACAAAGGAACAGAGUUUUAGUGAGCACAUUAAAUUAGUUGACCUCAUAUCUUAGUUUGAAUCCAAGGUUAGAUGUGUGAGAGAUUAUUUUUUAGGAGAAAAUGCCCAUGAAAGAAGAUGGGAAAGGGGGUUGGGAGAGUCUGGGAAAGCAGUCAGACUCCGAGAGAGGACUAACCUUUGGAGAAGUGGGAAGGCAGGAAGGAAGGUUGGGGAGGAAAAGUUUCAGACCGCUGUGGAGUUCUGAGAAUGUGUCAGCAAGACCAAUGAUACGGUGAGUCCUUGAGCCAAAGCCCCUGUCAGGAGGAGUCCCACUAGAUCCGCCUGGGGAAGCAGGAGUCCUUGGUGUUGGGCCUUCAUCAGCCGUGUGGCACUGUGUUUAUGUGUCCAUUGUGCUGGUUUUGUGGUAACCACGGACAAAGGACCUGGCUCAGUCAUUUUGUCUGCUGGGCAGUUUAGUGCUUCUUCCAUAGUGGAUGCCCUGAUGGCUGUUAGCAUGGGAUACAGAAAUGUUCACACUCUGCCUCCUCCCGCAUGUCAGUCCGCUGUCUUUACACCAGCCCUCCUUGUCUCUGAUCUUCAGCCCCGGUCCUUCCAGUCUCCCAAUGAGAUGGCCAGGCCAUUGGCCACUGCCCAGGAGUCUGUAUAUAUCCAAUGAAUAUUCUCACUUUAGGCCAGUUCUUUUACACCAAGUCAGUUGCACUUCUAGAGGUUCUGUCCAUUGGAAAAUUUCCUUUUCCACCCCCGAAUGUGGCUGUAAUGCAGAUACCAUUCCUCUUCGUUUUGUGCCCACAUACUGAGCUGACCCACCUGGAAACUAAGCUCAAGCUGUUUUCUGCCUCAACUAGUCAUGGAGGAACCCCCAUUUGGCUAUAGGUGCAAAGGUACAGGGGCUACCUUUUUCUGCAUCUUUUAGGUUCUUAAUGGUCGCACUGAUCUACUGUCUCUCCUGAGAUGUAAUAGUGUUUUGAUUUAUGUAUUAGUUAGUGUUAUACCAGGAAAACAACCAGUAAGUUAUAUGUAUCCUGCUCUAAGCCAAUUCCUAAUGAGAAAGCAUAUAGGCAUACCUUGUUUUAUUGCUCUUUGCUUAAUUUUGCUUCAUAGAUAACUGGUUUUUGUUGUUAUUUUUUUCUUUUUCUUUCUUUCUUUUUUUUUAAACAAAUUUAAGGGUUUGUGACAACGCUGUGUUGAAUUAGUCUCAGUGUCAUUUUUCCAAUAGCAUUUUCUCACUUUGUUUCUGUCAGAUUUCAGUAAUCGCAAUAUUUCAAAAUUUUCAUUAUUAUUACAUUUGUUAGGGUGAUCUGUGAUUAGUGGUUAUGAUUCACCGAAGGCUUAGAUGGUGGUUAGUAUUUUUUAGCAAUAAAGUAUUUUUAAAUUAA